AUGUCUGAUUCAGCACGCUACACCCUAACUAUUCUUGGCUGCGGCGUUAUGGGCCAAGCCCUUUUGUCUGCUAUUUACAACGCUCCUGAGGCAUCCGCAGAAACAAAAAAGCUUUAUCCAUCAAAAAUCAUAACUUGCAACCAUGAUAAAGACUCUACUAGCCAAGUUGUAAAGCUACUGGAGGGAUUUGGCGAGUCGCCCAAUGGGAUAGAGGUUGAGUGCACUUACAACGACAACGAGAGGGCCGUGGAUGAGGCGAGUGUUGUACUGUUGUCGACAAAGCCAUUCCUUGCCCAGGAGGUGCUGAGCGCUGUGCCGGUGAAGAAGAAGCUUCUCAUUUCGCUAGUCGCAGGCUGGACCAUUGGUCAGUUGGGCGAGUACUCGCAGUAUGUGACCAGAAUCAUGACCAACACGCCUGCCAAGUUUGGCUAUGGUAUGGCUGUCCUCUCUCACUCUGACAGUGUUUCUGAGGAAAACAAGGCUCUGGUUCGCGAGCUAGUUGGCCGUGUCGGCAGCUGUAUUGAGCUGCCAGAGAAAAACAUGGAUGCUGCCACUGCGCUGGUUGGAUCAGGCCCAGCUUUCGCGCUCCUGGUUCUGGAAUCUUUCAUGGAGAGCGGACUCAAAUUAGGAAUUCCGCUCAAGGAGAGCAAGCUCUGUGCGAUGAAGGUGCUGGAGGGCACUAUCAAAAUGGUCGAGAAGACAGGCGAGCACCCCAGCGUCUUGAAACACCAGGUGUGCACCCCAGGCGGGACCACAAUCGCGGGUUUGUGUGUUAUGGAGGAGAACGGUGUUAGAAGCGGUAUCAUCAAGGGUGUGGAAGAAGCCGCCGCCGUCGCGUCCCGUUUAGGUAAGAAGUGA